AUGGAUUUGUAUGAAGAAUUGGCAGAAUCUUCAUUGCUUUAUGAAGAGCAAUAUGAGCAAUUGUUAGAGGCAGCAGAGAUCAAUAAAGUUUCAGUAAUACAAUUUCUAGCAUUAAAACCAAUAGAAUUAACCAAAAUUCUAAAAAGAUCUAUAAAUGAAAUAACAAGCUUUCAAAUAAAGUUAAAACAAGAAUAUUUGGAGCAUUUGAACUCUUCCAGUUGUGUAUUCACCACAACUACAAAGCAUGAUAAAAACGACAUAAAUUUUAUAACAGAAAGGUUUACAACAGGCGAAGAAUCUAUAGAUGAAUUGUUAGGAGGAGGUAUUUACACGCAAAAUAUAACGGAAGUAUUUGGAGAAAGUUCAACUGGUAAAACACAGUUUUUAAUGCAGUUGGCCUUAACCGUACAAUUGGACAGAUCGGAUGGUGGAUUAUCGGGGAAAUGCGUUUACAUAUCAACGGAGGGGGACUUGGCAACAAAUAGGGUGGAACAAAUACUAGCAUCAAGAUUUGGCCAGACUGAUACACAUGUUUCACAAAAGAACAUCUUUUAUGUAAGUUGCAGUGACUUGGAUAAUCAAACACAUAUUUUGGAUGUUCAAUUGCCUGUACUAUUAGAAAAGCACAAGUCAGAUAUUAGGCUAAUCAUUAUAGACUCGAUUUCACAUCAUAUCAGGGCGGAAUAUGAGACAUUUUCCUUUAUUGAUUCACAAAGGAAUCGAUAUAAAAUCGAAGAAAUGUCAAAUAGGUUGUUAUAUUUGGCAACAAAAUAUAAUUUAUCAAUAGUGGUUGCUAACCAAGUUAGUAACAAAAUUUUCAACAUAGGACAAUAUGAAAGAAUUGAUGCAAGGGCUAAUUUCCAGGAGUUUGAAAAAUAUGACCAUCAGUUAGGAUAUAUGGCUGGAUGGAAAAAUUCAAAUAUCAAAUACUCUCAAAUGUUGAUUGAUUUAAGGGCCACAAUGACGGAUGACUUUCUUUCUGAUAAUGAGGAAUUGAUGUAUUUGGAAAAGUUAUCCGAGAAAGUAUAUAAAAAAGAUAAUAAGACUGAAUAUCUGUCUGGUAAUAACAAUACUAAACGCAAUAGUCUUAACGAUAAAACUACCACUGAAACAACAAACACUAACAAUGGGAAGAGCAAGCAGGAGAGGAAAAGGAAUGGUGAUAAUGAUAUUAAAUUAAAAAGAAAGAAAAAGUCAAUGAAACGAGUUUUUGAUACUAAAAUACCAACACUAGGGCUAUCUUGGUCUAAUAAUGUGUCAACGAGAAUUCUAUUGACUAAAUCUUACAUUGUCUCGCCAGUUUUAAAGGAUAAAAAAUGGCAAGAAAUAAGUUUUGAAGACUUAAAACCUGAAAAGGCGUUAGUCAAGCAAAGAUUAAUGAAACUUGUUUACUCAACAUUUGCAAGGGGUAAUAGAACAUUGAAAUAUAAGAUUACAAACCUAGGUAUUAAAGGCGCCUGUUGA